ACAGUGAUGAUAGCAUGCGUCAGUCCGUCGGACCGGGACUUCAUGGAAACACUGAACACACUGAAGUACGCCAACCGUGCCCGAAACAUCAAGAACAAGGUGGUGGUGAACCAAGACAAGACCAGCCAGCAGAUCAACGCCCUGCGUGCUGAGAUAGCCCGACUGCAGUUGGAGUUGAUGGAGUACAAGGCGGGGAAGCGUGUGGCGUGUGAGGAUGGUUCAGAGGGGUUCAGUGACCUGUAUCAGGAGAACGCCAUGCUGCAGAGAGAAAAUGACACACUGCGCCUCAGGGUGAAAGCCAUGCAGGAGACCAUAGACCACCUCAAUACCCGAGUGACACACCUGCUGGCCAACGAGGUCAGCACUCUGCUGAACAAGUCAAAUGAUGGCAAUGAGGAGAUUGGGGCUUUAAUCCAGAACUACAUUCGAGAAGUUGAGGAACUGAGAACCAAGCUUCUCGAGAGCGAGGCCAUGAAUGAGUCGUUGCGACGGCAGGCAACCCGGCUCUCCUCCCGCUCAUUGUUCCCUGCCUCCACUCUCAGCCCUGCCCCGGGCCACCCCCCUGGUUCCUCCCCUGCCUCCAUGUCCAUGGAGGCCGAGAUGACGGACGUGUUGCGCCGAGCCAAGCUGGACAUCGAGAGGCUGAAGAAGAAGGAGCGGAGGCAGAGGAGGAUGAGUCCGGAGCUGGAGAAAGGUCUGAAGAAACGAGUGAAGCUCCACACUCAUGAGAAUGGCGAGAACGGGCAGAAUGGAGAAAACAGGCUAAAUGGACAGAAUGGAGAGAUCGAUUCAGAUGACAAUUACGCUGAGGACAUCAUGUCUCCACUGCAGGAGGAGAGUGGCUGUGAUGAAGACGAGGGGGAGGAUGAGGAGGAGGGCAGGGAGGAGGAGGACGAGUUUGACAGUGACGAGAGUCUGGUGGAUUCAGACUCGGACUCGGAGGAGAAAGCUAACUUCCAGGCGGACCUGGCCGACCUGACCUGUGAGAUCGAAAUCAAGCAGAAGCUGAUAGACGAGCUGGAGAACAGCCAGCGGAGGCUGCUGAUGCUCAAGCUGCAGUACGAGGAGAAGCUUAUCCUUCUGCAGAACAAGAUCAGAGACACUCAGCUGGAGAGAGACCGUGUGCUGCAGAACCUCAUGUCCAUGGAGAACUACACUGAGGACAAGGCGAACCGGAUCAAGCAGGAGUACGAGAAACGUCUCAAGGAGAUGAACCGUGACCUGCUGAAGCUGCAAGCUGCUCAGAAGGAGCACGCACGUCUCCUCAAAAACCAGGGGAGGUAUGAACGGGAGCUGAAGAAACUCCAAGUUGAGGUCAACGAGAUGAAGAAAGCCAAGGUGACUCUGAUGAAGCAGAUGAAGGAGGAGCAGCAGAGGAGGAGGAUGGUGGAGGCGAAGAGGAACCGUGAGAUUGCGCAACUUAAGAAGGAGCAGAGACGCCAGGAGUACCAGAUUCGAGCACUGGAGUCUCAGAAGCGGCAGCAGGAGAUGGUGCUGCGCAGGAAGACGCAGGAGGUGACGGCCCUGCGGCGCCUGGCCAAGCCCAUGUCAGACCGCGUAGCCGGACGCGUGGCCCGCUGGAACCAGGCCUCUCUGGGUACAGACUCUGGAGCUGAGUUAUCAGCCAGCACCACGGCGAGCAGCUCCGAACCUGACACUGGGAGGAUAGUGAGCGGCCUGGUGAGACAGUGGAACAACAAGAACAAUGUGAUGGGAUACCUGGGAGAGAGCGAGGGAAGCAUGGAUGGAACCAGGGUCAUUGGCAACAGGAAGAAGAUGCAGAGGAAGCCAGCACUUCUGGGCAUCAAUGGAACAGCAGGCAGAGCCAGCAGCUUCUCCAAGUCAGCCCGUCAGAAGUGGCAGACCCUCGAACGUCGCAUCAUGGACAUCGUCAUGCAGAGGAUGACCAUCUCUAAUAUGGAGGCUGAUAUGGACCGCCUUAUCAAGAAGCGAGAGGAGCUGACGGCCCAGCAGGAAGCACUGUCGCAUAAAAGGGAGGUGCUAAUGGCGGAUGGGGAGGGACCAGAAGCAGAGGACCGCCUCCUUCUGGAAAUUAAUGAGGAUAUUGAGGUGCUGAACGCAAACAUAGACUACAUCAACGACAGCCUGUCUGAGUGCCAGGCCACCAUUGUACAGAUAGAGGAGACCAAGGAUGAGCUGGACUCGGUAGACACCUCUGUGGUGAUCAGCUCUUGCUCCUUGGCUGAGGCACGCCACCUGCUGGACCAUUUCCUGAAGGCCUCAAUUGACAAGAGUUUACAGGUGGCUCAGAAGGAGGCUCAGAUCAGACUGCUGGAGGGCCAACUGAGACAGACGGACAUGAUUGGCUCAUCCCACAAUCACAUGAUCCUUGAUGCCCUGAGAGUAAAGGCCGAGUACAUCCCUGAACUCCAGGCUCUCAUCCACAAUGUACAGCAGGAAAACGGUUAUGCCAGCACAGACGAGGAGCCCUCUGAGUUCAGCCAAGCCUCUGACUGCAGUGUAUCUAAAAUGAAAGAAUCCAACAGCCAAGAGGAUUUCAAGAUAAAGAUGGAACCCCGUCUGUCGGCUCAGAUGAAGGCGGUGUCUGCAGAGUAUUUGGGUCCUGUGCUGGAUCCCUCAUCAGGUAGCAAGCAGCAGCACAUCACCAAAUCCCUGGCCUCGCUGACUGAUAUCCAGGAAGAUGGCCUGAGUCUGGUGAGAGGGAGCCUGGGACUCAGCCUGUCGGUGCGAGACCCUUACCACAGGGAGAGGGCGUCCCGCACCAUCAGUCUGCCUGUCAGGGGGCACACCUUUCCCAGGCAGUCUCGGGGUUAUGACACUUCCCCUAUAACAAGGAGGAAAUCGUACGACCGUGCGUACAGACCCACUGAUGGCUACACUCCCCCCUCCUCCCCUCCUCUGAGGACCAGGAAUGACCGCAACGUCUUUUCAAGGCUCACGAGCAACCAAACCCAAGGUUCUGCCCUGGACAAGUCGGAUGACAGCGACUCCUCGCUCUCCGAGGUGCUCAGGGGUGUGAUCAAUCCCAUCGGUGGUGUGAAGGGAGGACGGACGGCACCCCUGCAAUGUGUUUCUGUAGCCGAAGGCCAUUCCAAGCCAGUGCUGUGUGUGGAUGCUACAGAUGAGCUGCUAUUCACUGGAUCUAAAGAUCGCACAUGUAAGAUGUGGAACCUGGUGACAGGUCAGGAGAUCGCCACGCUCAAAGGCCACCCCAACAACGUGGUGUCAGUCAAAUACUGUCCCUCCUCUGGUUUGGUCUUCUCUGUCUCUACCUCCUACAUCAAAGUGUGGGACAUUCGUGACUCUGCCAAAUGUGUCCGUACACUCACUUCAUCUGGGCAGGUGGUUUCAGGUGAUGCGUGUGCUGGUACCACAACCCGCACAAUAACAUUUGCACAGGGGGAGUGCCAGAUCAAUCAGAUAGCCCUCAACCCAUCAGGAUCUGUGCUUUACGCUGCUGCAGGGAACAUUGUUCGCAUGUGGGACCUCAACAGGAUGCAAGCAAUGGGAAAGCUGACAGGUCACAUUGGUUCCGUCAUGUGUAUGACAGUGGGACAGUCUCUGCUAGGAAAAGACCAAGUAAUCACUGGCUCCAAAGACCAUUACGUCAAGGUGUUUGAUGUGGCAGAGGGAACUCUGGGUAAUGUUGGCCCAGCUCAUAAUUUUGAGCCGCCGCAUUACGACGGCAUUGAGUGUCUGGCUGUGCAGGGAGACGUGCUGUUCAGCGGGUCAAGAGAUAACGGCAUCAAGAAAUGGGAUCUGGAGCAGCAGGAGCUCACUCAGCAAAUCCCUAACUCCCACAAAGACUGGGUGUGCGCUCUGGCGUAUGUCCCGGGCCGGCCAAUGCUGCUGAGUGGCUGUCGGGGCGGCAUGCUUAAGGUGUGGAACGUGGAAAACUUCACCCCCAUAGGAGAGGUCAGGGGCCACGAAAGCCCCAUUAAUGCCAUAUGUACCAACUCGAGACAGAUCUUCACUGCAUCCAGUGACUGCAGGGUGAAGUUGUGGAGCUAUGUGCCUGGCUUGACUCCGUGUCUUCCUCGACGCGUCCUGGCUAUCAAGGGCCGGGCCACUAGCCUCCCGUGAUCUUCCUCCUCUCUGCUCACCAACCUUCCCCUCCUCUGUGACAAGACAGUGAAGAUCUGGUUGUCAAAGUUGUGGAGGAAGAGGUGACGACUGAAAGACAACUGAAAUGAUGGUUUCCAUUCUCAACCACCACCUCAAGUAAUGAGAUGUGACACUGAAAUCACAGUUUCCAUGUUAUUUUUUCUUUGUCAAAAUGAUAGAACCGAUGUGGAAUAUUUUUCCAAAGGCAAAGGACUCUUUGCCGCUCAGAUUUGUUUUUACUGCCAAUUUGAAAGUGCCAUCCAGGGGUGAUGCUAUUUGGACAAGAUAAACCACAUCUUCCUCGCCGUGGAUACACCAGGCAGAACACUAUUUCUCCUCACAUCAAAUCCGUCUCGGGUUGUGAGGAAAAGAAAAAAGUGUCCUUCUGUUCUUUCACUAAGGUUUCAGAAACCUGACGGAGCAGUUAGAGAUGAACACGUGUAUUCAUGUACUGUCUGAUCGUGGAGACUUGGUCCGGAUUUAAAUCUCUGAGCGACGCUACCUUACAAAUGGAGCUUCUGGUUUCCGUUCAAGACUGUUUGUGCUCAUUAGUGUUGUGGCUGUUCUGACACUGAACACACUGGACGCUCAUACCCUGUGUGUUGGUGGCAGUGGAUAGUUUUGAUAUCACUGGAGAAUUACACUGUACAUCACUGAAACCUAACUGCAUUCAACAAGUCCUGUUUUUUUAAUGUAUUUUAUUUUAUUAAUUUAUUAUUUUCCCUACCUCAGUUGUUCAGGACUUAGGUGUGAGCUGGGAAGAAACAUUUUACGGGUCUCCGUGCACAAAACACCUGGUGCUUGACCAGUCGAAGUAAAAAUGCCCAGCUCUUCGUCUCUGUGUGGAUGUGUCCUCUGUGGCCCUCUGGCUAUCAGACUGUCUAGCUGCUGACCUCGCAAACAGCAAAGCACACGUCCAGUAGCACAACUUAACGUAGCACUGGCCCCCAGAGAAUCUGACCAGGCUGUAUUGUCUGCUCUCUGAAGUGCUAACUGGCAAAAAAUAUAGGAAACACCGUGCACAUGGCACAAAUAGUACACACCUGCAGUAAACAUGCCUCAAACAUUUGUGCGUUAGGUACUCCAUCAUGGCCAAAGUGCCAGAUCAUAUUCUCAACCAUCCUACAGUGGCACAUACCUGCCAUUUGUCCUCCAUGUAAAGGCUUUCUCUCAAUGUCUCUCUUAUCUUUAAAUUAGUGACGGUGAUGGACUGAUCAGCCUUACCCAACAGUCCACCUCCUUCCCAGCUACUGAACUUCUCUGGGAAAAACCAAUUUAAUCAGAGGUCUCGCAGCUUUACCGGCUGCUUUUCAGGCAAGAUUACUUGGGUGAAAGUAGGUCAUAUAACUGAGAGGGAUUUCUAUUUAAAAUCUCACUUUUCUUCCACCCACUCUUUGCUGCUACAUUUCAAGACGGGAAGAAACUUCCUCUACAAAUAGUUUAUGUGGCAGAGUACAUGUGUGGGCAACACGUGCAUAUGCACAAACUGCGGACACACAAACAAAAACAAGAUUUCAGUGGAUGAUUAUACAUCUUACCUGAUACGUGUUGACAUCCCUCACUUUAGUGUCUUUUUAAUGAAGCAAAUUCAGCAAUACAGCAGUCACAUGCUGUGCACAUGCAUACAUACAUACGUACAUACACUUACCUACAUGCAACAGUAACAAAAAGACACUUAAAUUAUCUUUUUGUUGUCUGACGCCUCUGAAUAUGAACCACAAGCAUUCACAUUUCUUUCAGUUUGUGAACUUCUUUAACUCCAAAAUGACAAACAGCUUUUUAAAGAGUCUUUUCAUACCGAUGUCUUAACACUGUAUAAAAACCCACCUCGUGUCCGUUAGCAUCAAAUAUCACAGUUAUUUACAUUUAUUUACCUCUGAAACGUCUCCCCCUCUGUAGAAAAACAAAUACGUUGCUGAUUUAAUGCCCUGAUAAAAGACCCAGAAACGUGUAGUUUAACUAAAAAACUGCUUGGAUCAUAAAGCAGCAGCAAAAAACUGUUGAUGCGGAAGUUUGUAAAACUUUCAGUAUGUUUUCGUCAAUAAGUGAGCAUGCACUGCUGAUGUUUAAAGUAUCCGAUGUAAGUUUCAAGCUGCUGGCGCUCUCUAAAAGCAAUCAUGUGGGUUUUGAUUUUAUAUUGGGGUGGGGGGGCUGUGGAUGGGUGGCGAUUUGUUGAAGCGUUCCGUUUGAAUAUUUUGCUACACUUAGAAUCUCAGGUAAUUGUUGAAGGAUGAUUUUAUUCAUAUGUACGUCGACCCUGUGAGUUUAGGUAGCUCUUUGAAUCGACCAAAUGCCUUGUUUGAGACGGUUUUUUUUACUUUGAGAAAAAAAAGGUACUAUCAGUGUAUCACCCCUUUCUAAAAUACUUAUUUUGAAGUUUUGCUUUUGCAUUUCACUCCCUUUAUUUACUAUAUAUGUACUGGACCUUUUGUACAAAAUGUAAACAUCUUAAAUUACUAUCUUCCAAAUCUGGCCAAAGCUGAAAGACUUGCCACUCUGAGAGAUGUGCACUGAUUUUUGACCAUAAUUACUUGUUUGACAUAUUUGUGUAGGGGUUUGUCUGGAGUGAGUGGUACAAAAUGUGAUCAGUAGGGAAAUUAACCUGCGUAACAGAAGGGGUUGUUUACUUUAACCUUAAGUCAGACUCCACUGGGCCCUUCACUGUACUCUAUGUAUUUAUCUGUGCCAAUUCGCCAAACUGACGGUGCUGUGAUUCUUGUGAUAACAAAGCUAAAACAGCCUUAAUCUCUCUUUAUUUCACUCAAACAGACUCCCAUUUAUUGUCCUCUCACAUGUCCCCCCGUGCCUGUAUAUUUGCCGUAGGAUGCAUGAUGUUAGAGGCUCUCAUCAGUUGCUUGGACAUCUCACAACACAACAGUUCAGUGGGCGACAACUUCCUCCUUCUAUUGUCAGUCCUAAUAUAGAACACUGGAAUUACCUCUGAAUCUCAGAAGCAUCUGUCCAUUUGUUGCUAUUCUAAAUGUGAUGGACAGUCAGUCAGAGUAAUAUACAUCAAAUGUAGUGUUUCACAAAAGAUGCUCACUGGUCAGAUGACUCUCUGGAAAGGUGAAACCUGGGUGAACACACUAAUUAGGAAAGACAGGGAGGUGAGAGAGCGCCUUGUGUUCGGGGCUUUUAUGAUGAUUAACUUGAUGCAUCGGGGGAAAAACUGAGAUGCAAGCUUCUCUAGUGGCAGUGGGAAAGGAGUCAAUCGCCCUUUUUCGCGGGUUUACCCAUAUUUUAAAUAGCUAUGCAUACCCACUAAUUGUGGUGUAAAAGAUGUAUUAUUAGAGCCAAACAGAAACCUGUCAUAUCAGCUCCACCCAAAGCUGUGAGAUUUAGAUUUUCAGGCGCUGUCAGCACCACUUCAUGACUUGAUUAAGUGUAAAUAUGUUUCAGAACCAUUUCUUUUUAUUACAGACCGGAGGCGGUUGAGGUUAACUCACUUCUGCCUCAUCAGUUGGCCUCAGUGUAACCUCUUCAAGUUAGGAUUUACAUGCACUUUGGAAAGUGAAAAUUGCUGUGAAUACUGAACAAGCUAUUUUCCAGAUAUGUAUUGAGCCUAGUUCUAGACUUAGUUUACAAAGACUGAAUUGAUGAGUCCCAAACAAGGCUCCAACCACUGACAUUGUAUUGGGAGAAUAAACAUGUUUAGAUCUACUGUAGCUUUAGUAUUGAGUGAUAAUAAUGUUUGUGCUGAUGCAACAUGUAAGAUAACAGUAAAGAGGUAGAAUCUCCCCAGUGUCCCUGUCUUUAAAGUCCUCUUUUUUAUAUUAGAUGUUAUGCAAGAAUGUGAAUCUUCAGUUUGACUGAGCAGCUUGCAAACCUCUGUGGAUGCUCAGGAGACUCUGAGGCUAUGGUGCACAACCGAAGUUAUGACUCUAACAUCCGCUGGUGGUCGCUAACACCUGCUAACAUCUAAUGGCAGUUGGUAACUUAAAUUGUGCAGUAGAACUUCAAACGUACAAGGGAUUUUCACCAUCUUGUCCAUUUUUUCUAAAACUAUCCGUCCCUGUCUGUCUGCUGCCUUAAGACAUUUGACUUGAUCACAAACUGAGCAUAUUCAUCUAUAAACAAUAUAACUGGGAACACUGGGUAGUGAAAUCCAACCUGUUUCUUCUACAGCAGUCAACUACAGGGAUAAACCAUACGUGAUUAAAUAUUCUUUCAGGAAAGGAUUGAACAUGUAGUAAGUGCUAUUUGAUCAAUAACCCUCCAAUCCCUAAAGGCUUCACCAGCUGCUAGAUGAAAAAAGACCCAGUGGAAAACUAAAUUAAGCCGCUGAUCUCAACUGGGCACACAAAAUUAACUGACCAUUCAUUAAACCCUGACCUCCUGAAUUGCUGUUGCUAUACGUGUCAUUUCUUUGCGUUUUGGACAGCACACACAGUUUAUUAUUAUUUAAUAAUAAUAAUAAUAAUAUUGCACUUUUAAAAACAAAGUGCUUUACAAAGAAGACAAAUAAAAAAGAAAACAUAAAAUACAAAAAGCAAACUAAUACAUACUUUAUUCAAACGUAAUGCAAAUGAAAAGGAUGAAAGAAACAGUAAUAACAAGCACAUGUUUAGCAAGUAUCUGGUUUUCUUCACAUGCAAAUGUUUGCAGCUUAUGUCAGUGAUUUAAAUUAACAUAGGUUGCACAUGAUUUUAUCUAAUGGAACUUACAGCGGAGGAACAACUAGAGCAGAUUAACACAGUGUUACAUUCCUCACAUUUUUGUUUAAGUCUCUACAAACAACUGUAAAAUAUGAGCAUAUAGAGCCUCUUCCAUAUUGUUUGACCAUGUAAAGAAAUCCAAAGCUACACAUCCCUGCCAAACCUGAUGACAUUUACUAAGCUAUGAUUGGACAAUCCCUGUUCAGGGGCAGGAUUUAGUGAAUGGUUUUAUAACAAAACAUGGGCUGCUGAAAGUUCAGUGCACAGUGGCUUUAAUCAGUCUGCCGCCUCGUCAAUAUUGAUCCACAGAGUAGAGUCAAGCUGUCAGUCAAACUGACUGUGAUUCAACACCUCUACCACUCCCCCAACCAGCCCAGCCCAACCAUCGUACGACUACUAGAAAAUAAAAGCUUCAGUAGCGUCUCAGCUUCAGCCUCGUGCCUCAGCCAACAGGCUUCACUGCCUUAAAGAAACAGCAUGUGUUGUCUGUGUAGGACAUUGAUAAUCUUUCACUUAAUAUCCUGAAUCUGUACGUGUUCAGAGGAUUGUAGAUUGUCCUGCAGAUUGUGGAAUUCUGUUCUAAGUGGGAUGAUGUCUCCACUCACUUUUUCAUUGUGGCUAAAAAGACUUUCAACAUUGCCUCCGGCUGCUGAGUGGAUGGGAUCGCUUUUAGACACAAUGGAGAGGGCUGCUGAUCAACAGGGCACUUCACUGCUGUUCAGCUCGUCUGUGAAUCUCUCUCACACAGCAACACACGUCUUCUCUACAGCUGCUCAAGUAGUUUUUCCUCCAGGUGUGUGUGAGUGUGGUAAUACGAUCUGUGACACUGUCUGUGAAAUAUGUACUCAUGGGACAUAAAUGCAGGGUCAAAGGUCAUGUGUGCCUUUUAUCGCACAGACUACUCCCUCUUAAGAGUGUAAAUGUGUCUACAGUUUUUUUUUAUGUAUAUGACAAUGUGCAUGCAGCCAAGCCAUGUAAAAUAUGUUUUACCUGUAAAUAAUGUACAUACAUAUUUAAUGAAGGAUACAACAUUCCUUCAAGAAAAUAAAUGCUGUAAGUUGAAAA